AUGUGUCAAAUGUGGACAAAGAUUCGCCAAGGCGUCCGAUGGCUCCCUCAUGAGCGGCUUGCCCAAGCAGUUAAACAAUUAGAUUUUAAAAAUGUUAAAACGAUACAUGUAUCUUUAGAUCCCUUUCAUCCAAAAAACGAAUCUAUUCGUCAAUUUUGGUUUCAUGUAUCGUCAAUGAAUGUACGACAAACCAAUCCAUCUGUUAAAAUUUUACCAGAAAUUCGUAAUGAUAGAGGAGAUCCAUUCGUUUUAACAGAACUUACCAAUGGUCAAAAGUAUAAAUUUCAUACGGCGAAUUUCCCUCCUGCAGACUUAUUAAAAACGUUUAGUAGAGUUAUUUCAAAAUAA